AUGGCAGCAGCAACCACCACCAAGAACAUCCUUGUGCUCCUCCUCCUGGCUGUCCUCCCUCUCGCCGCACUCUCCUCCCGAGCCGGCCCAUCAUCCGCGCACAAAAGCCACGGCCACGGCCACAAGUCGUCGCCGUCGGCCAAGCACCCGCCGCCGCCUCCUCCGUCCUCACCACCUUCUGCUUCCCCGCCAGCGCCGGCCGCCGCCGCGCUGGUGCGCGCCACCUGCAACUCCACGGCGUACUACAACCUAUGCGUGUCCGCGCUGGGCGCGGACCCGUCCAGCGCGACGGCCGACGUGCGGGGCCUGUCGGCCAUCGCGGUCUCCGUCGCGGCCGCCAACGCCUCGGGCGGCGCGGCCACAGCUGCGGCGCUGGCGGCGAACGGCACCGCCCCGGCAGGCAGCGCUACUUCCACGGACGGCACCGUGCAGGCGCUGCUCCACGCCUGCGCCGCCAGGUACGCCAGCGCCCGCGACGCGCUGGCUGCAGCUGGGGACUCCAUCGCGCUCGAGGACUAUGACUUUGCGUCCGUGCACGUCAGCGCCGCUGCCGAGUACCCGCAGGUGUGCCGCACGCUGUUCCGGCGGCAGCGGCCCGGCCAGUACCCCGCGGAGCUCGCCUCCAGGGAGGAGACGCUGAAACAGCUCUGCUCCGUCGCGCUCGACAUCAUCGCGCUGCUCUCUAACAGCAGCUAG